CAUUACAUUAUAAAGUAAAGUUACAUUAUAAAGUAGUUUUUAAUAAUUCUUUUGCAAACGUGUGAGUUUUUUGAGAAAGUUUUAAAAAGAUUGUUAUGUGAUGAAAGUUACAAUGGAAGAAAUUGACGAUUCUGCCUUGUGCGAUUCAGUGUCAUCCUUAAUUGAGGGAUGUAGACUUCCUGUCCAUAUGUCAGGAACCGAUGACUGGCCUCUAGCAGAACUGGUUAGCUUAAAAGAAGAAAAUGGCAAAAAGUUGUACUAUGUUCAUUAUGUUGAUUUCAAUAAACGUUUGGAUGAAUGGGUUGGUGAAGAAUCUUUGGAUACACGAAAGGUACAUUUUCCAAGGAGAGAUGGUGGAAGUAACACAGGUGUUUCAACACCUAAAAAAAUCCAUAUUGGUGCAGGAGGGCCGAUAUCAAGGCCCUCCAGUCCUGUGUUUAGCAAUGAAUUAGUAAAUGGCAAUGCGGUUUUAGCCGCAGCUCUCCAAAAACGUAUAAACAGAAAAAGGAAGGGUCCUACGCUAGAAAAUGAAGAUUCACAAGAGGGUGCAUUGCAACCUCCUCAGGGGCCAAGGCAGUCAGGGAGUAUGGUGUCACAUAAUGAUGAUGUUGUAACUAGGAUGAAAAACGUGGAAAUGAUUGAGUUGGGACGUCAUCGAAUUAAACCUUGGUAUUUUGCCCCUUAUCCACAGUUUUUUAUUGAGAAAGUACCCUGGAGUGGGACACACUUUAUGUAUGACUGUAACUUGGAAAGAGACGUUAAGGAAAUGAUAGGACUUCCAUGUAUCUAUAUUUGCGAGUUUUGUUUGAAAUAUUGCAAAAGUCGAAAAUGUCUGGAAAGGCACCUGGCCAAGUGCAAUUUACGUCAUCCUCCAGGAAAUGAAAUUUACCGAAAAGGCAACAUAUCGUUCUUUGAGAUUGAUGGUCGCAAAAAUAAAGGAUAUGCUCAGAAUUUGUGUUUGCUUGCAAAAUUGUUUCUUGACCACAAAACAUUGUAUUAUGACACUGACCCAUUUCUAUUUUAUGUGAUGACAGUAUUUGAUAAUAGGGGAUUUCACAUAGUGGGUUACUUCUCAAAAGAAAAGGAAUCAACACAAGAUUACAAUGUUGCUUGUAUUCUUACAAUGCCACCCUAUCAAAGAAAAGGAUAUGGAAAACUUCUUAUAGAGUUCAGCUAUGAAUUAUCAAAGUUUGAAGGGAAAACAGGAUCACCAGAAAAGCCUUUGUCUGAUUUGGGGUUGCUGUCUUAUCGGAGUUAUUGGGCUCACACAAUUCUCGAAAUUCUUACCACUUUACCACCAGUUGGUGAUAAUGAAAAGCCUCAAAUAACUAUUAAUGAAAUUUGUGAAAUGACAAGUAUAAAAAAAGAAGAUGUAAUUUCAACUCUUCAAAAUUUGAAUUUAAUAAAUUACUACAAAGGGCAAUACAUAAUAACUUUGAACAAAGAAACGAUGGAAAAUCAUCACAGGGCAAUGGAGAAGCGUUUGGUUAGAAUUGACCCUAAAUGUUUGCAUUGGACUCCUAAAGAUUGGGGUAAGAGGGCAAAGUGGUGAAUAAAACGAAUGUUUAUUCUAUGAGAUAUGAUCCUUGUAAAAUAUGUAAAAGACUGACUUCAAAUCUAAAAAAGCAAUCACGAUUGGUUUGGUUGUUAUGAAGAAAGUGGAAUAGUAGAAGAAAUUUUUAUGAGGAUUGAAGAUUAUUAUACCUAUCUAGUUAAGUAAUUUUGUCCAAAUUAACUGAAAUGAAACAGUACUGAAACUUGUAUGUAUUUUAAGUAAUGAUUAAAGUAAAAAUGUAAUUUAUUAAACAUAAUACACUAAAAUUUUAAUCCUUAAUUUUUUGCUUUUGU